UUGCAGGGGGUUGGACUGGAUGAUCCUCAGGGUCCCUUCCAACUCUACUCUUUUUUCUAUUCCCAACCCCCUCUGAUUUUUUUUUGGGUUUGGCAUUUAAAGGGAAAAAUCUGUUGGUGAGAGAGAUUGCCCAACAACCACUUUCCCCCCUCAACCCAUUUUCUCAUCACUGGGCUGGCUGCAGGGUGGGGCUGAUAAUGUGAACUGCUGGACUUAGAUGAGAUCAUCUCCAAAGGGGGCAGCCUUAAUGCAAAUAGGGUGCAGGGGAUGUGAUAAGUUAAUCACAUGCCAAGAAAACCCACAGCUUCAAACUACUUUGCAGGAAAGUUCAGUUGCAUUUCCAAGCCAGUGGUAUUUAUAAGAAAGUGUUAUGGGUGUCUGAUUAUUUAGUUAGGUGAUGCCUUGAACGGCAUAAUCUAUUCUCAUUUCAGAGGCCAAUCACACGAACACUUGAAGGAAUUAUUUAUAAGCAGUGGGGCAGCGUCCGUGGCAGAACCAUGGAGAAAGGCUAGCCCAGGGAAUCUCCACAUGCAGCAUGGACAGAGCAGGGUGAAGUAGAAUCUCUGACCUCCAUCCCCCACGUGCAGGUGCUCGUUCGGGUGCUCCAGGUGAUGGUCAGAGCAAACCCCCGAUGGAUGAGCUGAUGGUGCAAAAACAUAUGGAGACUCUGCAGAGCUGGUGUGGCACCAGCACAGGAGGAACCUCCUUAGAGAGACUGACUGAUCUCCUCCUGGUGGAAGGGCUGACCGAUCUCCAGCAGAAGCAACAUGAUUUUGUACAGAUUGAAACGAUCAAAGGAGUGAGGAACAUCUCCAAGAAGAUCCCCUUGGAGAAACUCUUCCUGCCUUUGUCCAAAUUCACCAUCCCCCCGCGAAUUUCGGUGACCAUUGGAGUUGCUGGCAUCGGCAAGAGCACUUUGGUCAAGCUGUUUGUCCACACCUGGGCAAAGGGAGAGAUUGGCAAGGAUUUUACCUUUGUCUUACCUCUCACCUUCCGGGAACUGAAUGCUUACGACAAACUCUCUGCAGAGAAGCUGAUCCGGUUGGCAACCCCCCAGUUAGCUGAGCCCAGCUUUCUCUCCAUCGACACGGCCAAGACUCUUCUGAUCCUGGAUGGGCUGGAUCAGUUUAAAACUCUGCUGGAUUUCUCCAAUGCCGUCGUUUGCACAGACCUCCGAAAGGAGGUCCAGGUGGAUAACUUGAUCACCAACAUCAUCCGAGGCAAUCUGUUGCAAGAGGUUUCUGUCUGGAUCACCUCGCGGCCAACGGCAACCACGCAGAUCCCAGGAGGUCUAGUGGACCGGAUGACUGAAGUGCAGGGCUUUGGAGAUGCAGAGAUCAAAGACCAUUUAGAUCACAUGUUUGCUGAGAACCAGGGCUUAUCCGAUGGUGUCUUGCGGCAUCUCAAGGCCAGCAGGUCUUUGUACAUACUGUGCACAGUGCCAGCUUUCUGCCAGACCUGCGGGUCCUCCAUGGGGUACUUUCUAAGGAGCGCCAAUCAAUCUCCAGAAGCAUUGGCUGCUCCUAAAACUUUGUCAGAAAUCUAUUCCUGUUACUUUAAAAUGGCACUGUGUAGCGACUGGCCAGGGAAACAGAAGGAAGCCCUCAAAAUAGACCAGCUGCUGAACAAUGGCAAGAAAAUGAUGAACUGCCUAGGCCGCUUGGCGUUUUACAGCCUAAUCAAGAGGAAAUAUAUGUUCCACGAACAGGACAUGAAAGCCUAUGGCGUAGACCUCUCUUCUCUCCAAGUUAGCUUGUGCAAUAGGCUCUUGCUUAAGGAAGAGACUCCAUUUUCCACCAUUUACUACUUCCCCCACUUAACAGUUCAAGAAUUCCUGGCAGCCACCUAUUAUUACACUUCCGCAAAGCGGGCUCUUUUUGACCUCUUUGUGGAGAGUGGCAUGUCCUGGCCAAAGUUUGGCUUCCUCAACCACUUUAAAAACGCCUUCCAAAGAUCUCUGCAGUCCGAGGAUGGGCACCUGGACAUCUUUGUGCGCUUCCUCUCAGGCCUCCUCGCCCCACAGGUGAACAAAGUCCUGUCUGAUUGGUUCUUGGCAAGAGACGAGCACCACGGUUACCGAAGUCAUGUGGUUGGCCUCCUGCAAAACCUCCUGGGAGCAGACCAAGCCGUCUCUUGUAGGUCCGUCAACCUCAUGCGGUGUUUACAUGAGAUUCAGCACGUGGAAGUUGUCGCGAGCCUCGAGGAGGCAAUGAAGAGCGAGGCUCUGGCUGGGAUGUUGACGCCGGUCAACUGCUCUGCCUUGGCUUAUCUCCUGCAGACCUCAGAGGUUUGUGUGGAAGAGGCAAACCUCUCCAACUGCCUCACCUACCAUGCUUUCCAGAGCCUUCUCUCUCAGCUCCACUACUGUAGUAAUCUCAGGCUAGACUACAACCAGUUUAAAGACAGUGCUAUGGACCUGCUGGGCAGCGUGCUGAGCGGAAAGGACUGUCAGAUUCAGAAAAUCAGCUUGGUGGAAAACAAGAUUGGUGACAAAGGUGCUAAAGCUCUUGCCCGGUCCUUGAUGGUCAACAGGAGCCUGAUGGCGCUGGAUCUUCGGAGUAAUUCCAUAGGACCCAAAGGAGCAAAGGCCCUGGCUGACUCACUGAAAAUCAACCAGUACUUGCUUUCUCUCAACCUCCAGAACAACACCAUCAAGGAAGAAGGUGCCAAAUGCCUGGCCGAGGCUCUCACCAGCAACCACAGCCUGAGGACUCUGCACCUCCAGAAGAACUCAGUUGGACCCCAAGGUUCAAAGAAAAUAGCAGAAGCACUGAAGACUAACUGGGGCCUCAAGGAGCUGAUAUUGUCCAGUAACUGUGCUGGAGACACUGGUGCUGCAGCCCUGGCAGAAGGACUGAAGGUGAACCACACCCUUUUAACCCUGGAUCUCCAGAGCAACUCAAUCAGCGACACAGGGGUGACUGCGCUCACUCGAGCCCUCUGCUCUAACCAAGGCCUCACCAGCCUCAACCUGCGGGAGAACUCUAUAAGCAAAGACGGAGCUCAAGAGAUUGCCAGUGCCCUUCGAGCUAACAGCACCCUGAGGAAUUUGGACUUGGCUGCCAACCUGCUGCAUGAUGAAGGUGUCCAGGCCAUUGCGUUGGCACUGAAGGAGAACCAAGCGCUCACUUCCCUGCACUUGCAGUGGAAUUUCAUCCAGUCCAAAGCAGCCAAGUCCCUGAGCCAAGCCUUGCAGGUCAACGAGAGUCUCUCUGUCUUGGAUUUACAGGAAAAUGCAAUUGGGGACGAAGGAACAGCUGCCCUGGCUUCUGCUCUGAGGGUGAACUCAACACUCACUGCUCUCUACCUCCAGGUGGCGCUGAUAGGCGAGAGUGGGGCCAAAGCUCUAGGAGAUGCCCUGGUUCUUAACAAGAGCCUCGUGACACUAGACUUGAGAGGAAACGCCAUCGGUUUGGCAGGGGCCAAGGCAAUGGCCAAUGCCUUGAAAGUUAACGGUGCCCUCCGCAGGCUGAACCUCCAAGAGAACUCCCUGGGCAUGGACGGAGCGAUCUGCAUUGCCACAGCUCUGACUGGAAGCCACAGCCUCGCCUACAUCAACUUACAGGGAAACAAAAUAGGUGAAUCUGGAGCCAAGGUGAUUGCUGAUGCCAUCCGUACAAAUGCCCCCAGCUGCGUUGUGGAGAUGUGAAAGAGAAACUUCCCUGGAGGAGGUGCUCUGGGAUUCCAGACAUCCUGCGCCCUGGAGACAUGCCCCUUCCUCCCAAAUGGCUCACUGACAAGGAUGUGGUGCAAAGGCAGAUC